AUUUAGGAACAUUACUACAUGACAUAAUUACUAUGCCCAAUUUACAAACAGAAAAUAUCUUGUAGUGUUUGAAUCUAAUGUUUUGAUGAAUUGCUUACUUAAACUCCUCAAAAAUUGAUUCAUUUAGAUUAUUUAAACAUAAUUCAUGCGAAUAAAAAUUAUUAUUAUGAUACUUGAAUAAAAUAGAAAUCCUAAAUUAUCAUAAUCAUUUCAUAAAGUAAAUUAAAAGAUCGAAGUAGACGAAUAUGAGUUUAAAUUAAAGAUAGGAUCUAUUUGAA